GAGGGGAGGGCAAGUGUGGCUUCCUGUGCCCUGCCCCUUUCCCCCGGCGGCCCCUCAUGGAGCUGGACCUGGAGUGGCCGAGCGAGAGCCAUGAACAUCCGCAACGCGCGGCCCGAGGACUUGAUGAACAUGCAGCACUGCAACCUGCUGUGUCUGCCCGAGAACUACCAGAUGAAGUACUACUUCUACCACGGCCUGUCUUGGCCACAGCUGUCCUACAUCGCUGAAGAUGAGAAUGGGAAGAUCGUAGGCUAUGUACUGGCCAAGAUGGAGGAAGACCCCGAUGAUGUCCCCCACGGACACAUCACUUCUCUGGCAGUGAAACGCUCUCACCGGCGCCUGGGGCUGGCACAGAAGCUCAUGGACCAGGCCUCUCGUGCCAUGAUUGAAAAUUUCAAUGCCAAGUACGUGUCUCUGCAUGUCCGCAAGAGCAACCGGGCAGCUCUGCACCUCUACUCCAACACCCUCAACUUCCAGAUCAGCGAGGUGGAGCCCAAGUACUAUGCGGAUGGGGAGGACGCCUAUGCCAUGAAGAGGGACCUCACACAGAUGGCUGAUGAGCUACGGCGCCAGCUGGAGCAGAAGGAGCGCUCUCCUCCAGCCCCCCCAAGCCCUGGAGACCCUAAGCCCCCAGCAGGUGGUGGGGGCCCCGAAUGGGGACCUGUGGGGCCAGGGGCCCCUGAGGAUAGUGGCGCCGACAGCAAGGACCUGAGCGAAGUGAGCGAGGCUACAGAGAGCACUGACAUCAAGGACAGCUCUGAGGCCUCUGACUCAGCCUCCUAGGGCUCCCUGCCACCUCCCACCCCCCUUUGGACUUGAGGGGUGGGGGGAGAAUAAAGUUGCCCCCAUUCCCCCA